CAUUGAUUCCACGAUUGCAAACUCAUCCCUCGCUUUACGGAUCAUCAAUAUGUAAACAAGAACGGCGUAAACAAACCCUCUCGAAAAAAAAGAAAAACACGCGGAAAGUAAACAAUGAAUGUAUGACGUAAUCGCGGAAAGUAAACAAUGAAUGUACUACGUAAUCGCGGAAAGUAAACAAUGAAUGUACUACGUAAUCGCGGAAAGUAAACUAUGAAUGUAUGACGUAAUCGCCAGCUGAAAUAAACAGGCGUUCAAGAUGAGUGCACAGAAGAUUAAAAACAAGAAGGCACAGCUAAGGCAGAAACUGGGGGGAGACGGCGCAUCGGGCCGUUUUCUAUUCACCAAGGCCUCGCCAGCAGGGAUAACUUCGCUAAAAGACGCGAAGACCCUGAAGGCUGAAAAAUGCCAACUUCAGAACGACCUGAUCUCAGGGCUUCCCAAGGGCGAUAAGGCGACGAAACCGAAGCAGAAUUUAGACAUCAUUUCCAACUGUCCUCCAGGUCUUAUGGACGACUUUGAUGGGAUAGACCACAUCAUCGCAGUUAG